GAUAGUGGGAGAGAGAGAGAGCGAGAGAGGGAGAGAAAGAAACAGAGAGAGAGAGAGAGAGAGCAAUAGUGAUAAAGGUGGAACAUGCACAUUGUCUGCGCGCUGCUCGCAUUCCUGCUACAUCUUCAAUAGAGACACAAAAGCCAGCAAAAGGGAAAUUUAAAAAGGCAAGAGGAGGCAGAAGACAGGAGGGGAUCCAGAGAAAAAGAAAGAGAGUGAGUGGGAGCGAGUGGGCCAGCGAGAGAGAGAAAGGGCGAGAGAGGAAGAAAGAGAGUAGAGCGAAAGGAUCUCCCUGCUAAAUGCGCAAAGCGUCCCGUCACCCCACGCUGAGCUCCAUGGCCAACUCCGGCUGCCUGCUGCUCUCCGGCUCCGGGAUGCUACCUCACUCGCUCCAGUGUCCCCCUGCCUUCCUCUACCUGCCCGAGGGUAACCAAGAGGCCACUAACCCACCCGAAGCGAUGGCCCAGCCGUACACCCCAGCCCAGUACCCACCUCCCCCACAGAAUGGAAUCCCCGCAGAAUUUGCGGCACCGCACCCACUUCCGACGCAGGACUACACCGGGCAGAGCCGGGUUCCGGAGCACGCCAUGACCCUCUACACGCCCACACAGACGCACAGUGAGCCGGCCGGCACUGACAACAGCACGCCCGCCAUCACCGCCACCACGACCGCACCGGUCAGUGUCCUUCAUCACCUGCAAACACUGUUCUCAGCAGACUGUCAGCAAACAGAUGAUGUGACGCAAACAGAGGGCUCUCAGCAGCUCCAGCUCCAGCACUCAGACUCUUCAGAGAAGCAGCAGCCCAAACGGUUACAUGUCUCCAACAUUCCCUUCCGCUUCCGGGACCCUGACCUAAGGCAAAUGUUCGGGCAAUUUGGAAAGAUUUUAGAUGUGGAGAUUAUCUUUAAUGAGCGAGGAUCCAAGGGCUUUGGGUUUGUAACUUUCGAAACAAGCACAGAUGCUGAUCGUGCACGGGAGAAACUAAACGGUACAAUCGUAGAGGGACGCAAAAUUGAGGUUAACAAUGCAACAGCACGAGUGAUGACAAACAAAAAAGUGGCCAACCCUUACACGAACGGCUGGAAGCUGAAUCCAGUGGUCGGAGCUGUCUAUGGUCCUGAACUGUAUGCUGUAACAGGGUUUCCCUACCCUGCCACAGGCGCUACGGUGGCCUAUAGGGGUGCCCACUUGCGAGGUCGGGGGCGGGCUGUGUACAACACAUUCCGCACAGCUCCUCCGCCACCACCCAUCCCAGCUUACGGAGCGGUGGUGUACCAAGAUGGCUUCUAUGGUGCGGAGAUCUAUGGUGGCUAUGCAGCAUACAGAUUUGCCCAGCCCACCACCACCGCUGCUUACAGUGACAGAUCAAUGACCGCAUUCUCUCUGCCUCCCGUUGUGCAGCUAUGGCAGAGUCUAUGCAACAGCAGACCCCUACCACCACACGAUUGGCCCUGCUGCCACAUACAGUGUGGGGACUAUGUAAAUACAAAAGGAAGAGCUGUACUCAGUAUUGAUGGACAUCACAGAUGAAAACAACGAAGAGAGGAGAUCUAGCUUUAAGAAAAUAACACAAGAAGAAGAAUACAAGAAGGAGUCCCUCUACUGAGGCUGGCGAGGGAAGACGGGAGGCGUACAAAGUGGCGCCGCGGCAGCGGUGUCAAACCAGCCACAAACUUGACAGACGGAGUGAGCCAGUUUCCACCAGGGACCACCUUUUUGCCGGGUAGAAAAAGACAGAGAGAGAAAGAAAAGUGUCCCGUUAUUAUAAAACAUUUUAUUUUUCUAUACUUUUGUGAUUUACAAUGGUAAAAAGUGUGUAUAAAGCAGUAUAUAUGUACAAAUCUGUUUUUAUGUUUUUUGGUAAGGGAGAUGAACAGUUGGCCCUUGAUGCUGAUUCUGUGGUAUGCAGGAAGAAGGAGGGAGGAGCGCCCCCCUCCUCUCUCUAUGGCACACUGCUCUGUCACUGAGGUCGUGUAAACAAAAACAUAAACAGAAAAGGUGGCAGGGAGCGCUCGGCAUCCAGGCAGAAGCACUUUCUACGCUCUACUUCCUGUGGGUGGAGUCAGAGGUCAGCCUCCUGGUCUCACUGCUCCGCCUUCUUCCUUCCAACCUCCCCGACCACUUCCUUACUUCCUUCCGUCCUUCCCUUCUUCCUUUUCGGGCCGGUGAUGUCGCUCCUUCCUCCUUGUUGCGGUGUCACUGGCCGGCAGCGCCUACUGUUAGCAGCGUCCCCUGUGGAUACUGUCGUGAUGUCACUUCCUCCUGGCAGCACCAUUGGGCAUCCCCGCCCUCCCCAAUGGGCAGCGUCACUGGUUUACAGCGUUGGGGAGUGGGGGGUUGAGCCACGGCGGGACGGUGAGACGGUUUAAAGCCGAGCCUCCCCGGUCUGCCCCUCUCCACGCCCCAGCAGAGGUCAAUGACUAUGGACUAGUUAGAGAAGAUGGCGCAGAAGUCGCCGACUUUACUCACCUGCCAGACUCCGAGCCCAAGCCUUUGUGUCACUCUGCACCGACUGACUAACUAUCAGACCCACGUGAUGAAAAGGUGCGUACAACUACCAAGGAUGCACGUUUCCACCUGCCGAGAAUAACUCAUCAACGUUCAUGUAACAAAUUGAAUUAUAAUCGAAUAAUCCCAUUGUACUACAUCAGCAGGUGCAUAACCAAAACACAAGCCUGAGGCAUAUAGACUAUGUCGCUAGAUAAAACAUUAUAGAAAUAUAGUAGUGCCCAUCCAACGGUAACAAGGAACGAGGGCUGAAAUAUGUCAAUUUCUUUUGUCAAUGUAUUCUGAAAAUAUUUAUUUGUGUGGUUUCUUUUGUUUGUUUGUUUGUUUGUUUUUUUGCAGCACUGAAAACUUUUAAAGAGGAAAAAAAAGUUUUAAUUUGGUGGAAGCGAAACCUUAAUUCUUUAUAUCAGGAGAGUCACUGUAAACGUGUUUAAACAAGAAUGUUGGUUCAGUUCUUUGAAUGUACUUUAAUGUCUAGGGUGUCCAAUAAGUAUGUAUUCUUUUUCUGUAUAUAAAUAUAUAUACAUAUCUAUUAUAUGGGCUGUGGUGAUGUCAGGGAGUAGAGGGGGUGGGCAGGAAAGCCUCUGGCCCCCAAACAUAGAUAUCAGACCCCCCCCUCCCCCUCCAACUACAUAUGUCCCUGAUAUUUACUGUAACAUGUGAUCAUGUGUUAUAUGAUUGAAAGUGUGAUGGUGAUAGUGUGAACUUGAUCUCCCCGAAACCCCUCCCCCUUUACUACGCAAAACAACACACACACAUCCAAAGCAGCGAAGCAUCAAUUUAUAACAUAUCCAGAAUGAAACACACACACAAACUAGAUAUUUUACUAUUCAGAGCAAAAACAAAAGAAACACAUCUUACAUUUACCCACCAGACGCUUCAGGAAAACAAUCACAUCUGCAGUAUUCUGUGAUUCCGGCCCUUUUGUUGGAGCUGUGACCUGCUAAUUAGUGCAAUGUGUCAGAUAAAAAGCGGAUGAAUAUUGAUUUUUCCUUUUCUUACUUGAACCAAAGUAUGAUUUGAACACACAGUCUCAGUGCUCUUUGAUCAGGAGACAGCGGGACUCUGUGAUGGCGGCGGAAGCCCGGAUGUGUAUUGACGUGACCCAGAUUCCGAACGCUCAUUACUGCUGAGGAAGAGCUCGCUCUUCUAGCUAAUGUAACGAGCCCCACCGACGAAGCCCCGGGCUCGCCGCUUCCUGCAGGAGCCUCGGUUUUGUGAACCGCUGUUCUCAUGCUGAACCUGUGGGCGGGCGGCUUUAUUGCAUAUUGGGAAUGACCUGCUGGCCCUGAGCAGAAACUGUAUCAUCAGAGGCGAGCAGGUUCGGGUGAAGCACAACUUUGUUUGAGAGUUCAGGGUACACUACUCGUGUAGUGGUUUUGUGUGAAUGGUUCCAAGAAGGUAUUACUAGGUUGAGCUCCUGACUUCCUGUACAAAACUACAGUGUGUACUGUUAUUAUCCUGUACAGUAAAUCUCACCUCACACUUCUUGAUUAACUUCAUCUUAUUUCAGGUUAAAAAAAAAGAAAAAACUUGUUCUGAAUCAGGGCUCCUACCCACGCGACCUCUCUUCAUCUGUAGACAGCUUCUCAUAUAUUACAAAGAGUAUCUAUAUCAUGGCAACUAACUGUUGUAAAGUCUAAAUGGGGUAAAGUCGGUCAUUCGUUCUCUCCCAUGCAGCGAUCAUAUGCAGGCUUAGCAUUUUCAUACCUGUAGGUUUGUUUCUGAGAGUCAUCUGAUUCAUCUGGCCUACUUACAGUGCUACACACUCAUGGUGGGUCAGAGAAGACUGGGGAGCAGGUCGGAGAUUCAGUUUUAGGGGAACUUCCUGGAAGCCAGAGCUGCUCUGGAGGCAGAAUCAGCCUAACGCUCAAGUUAAAUUGGCAGAGAUGACAACCAACCACAGUUUCUGUUUGGUCACAUGAUGUCCACUAGUUUAUCUAUGCACUUUGCCAAAAAAGAAAAAAAAAGAUGUGAUGUCACAUGUGACAAAGGGGAAACCACUUAUUUACUCAUUCUACUAGUUCAACAAUGCAAAAGAUUAAUGCUGGUGUUAUUAUAUAUUUUAAUCUCAUCCAGUGAAAAGAGACCCACACAGCUUUCUGAAGAAGUUUGGUAAUGCUUCUUUCUGCAGGAUUCUUCCUCUCUCCUUUUUUUUAAUUCAAUGACAGGAAGCUGUUAAGAGUCAACGUUUAAUUUUAUUUUAUAUUAGAGGUCAACAUGCAGACAAGCGUGUCACCGGUUUAGUUGGAGCAAACUUAAAUGGAAGAUUAUUACUAUUAUUAUUAUACAGUACUGAGUAAGACACAUUAAGACAAAACUUCCUCUUUCAAUUGUUUUUGGUUUUUUUUAUAUUUUAAUCAUUUGAAAAAAAAUAUGACAUUUCCUGUAGCAUGUGUCAGGAGGGAAAGAUUCGAUAGCGUCACAGAAUCCAGAAGUCUUGGUGCAAACUGGAGCUCCCAUGAGACUUUGCUUCUGAAACGACAAAAAAACAGUUUUAAGCUUGAGAUAUGUGUUUUAUAUUAUGAGUAUUAAAAUCAUUAAUUGGUGGAACUUUUGUUUUCCAAUCUAACUUGUUAGCCCGGCUGGUCUUCCAUGUCAGUAGCUGCACUAGCAUCAGUGGUCAGGUAUGAAAUUGAAGAGAAUAUUUCAUGUUUUUAUUUUUAGGUGCUAAUUUACCAGGUAGCUUUAACGCACACUCUCACAAAACUGUGGCUGUUUGUGGUUUCUCCUCGCUGAUAAAGUUAAAACCUGAAGCAGCGAGUGUGUUUCUGCGUCCAGAGAAAUUCUGUC